AUGCAUCUAACGUCGGCUCUUUCCCUUCUCACUGCUAUAGCAUUUGCUGUUCAGUUCGGAAACGCCUGCACCGCGAAAGAAUGCACUAAAUUGGUCCGCGAAUUGAAGCACAACAAAGUCGCGUUCUGCGGCUCCAAGAUUGCAAAAUGCCCUAAGGAUUUCGGCUAUUCAACAGCCGACCCAAACACUAUCUACACCUUCUCGCACCGUGAACUUCGAAAGAAGAAAAAAUGCGUUGCCCCAUUGAAGUGCAUCGACUCUCCUACUGGCGCAACCUGUGAAUGCGAGCAGGCGACAGGACGGAUUUUUAUUCCUGGAUCUAAACAAUGUUGGGACGCGCCCUAUCUUGACGUGGGAGAACUUGUCGCUCUUUACGCAUGCGACACAGCAUUGCACCCUAACUGGGUGAUGACUGAGGACCAUCAGAUCAAGAAUGUUGACUCUCACCUUUGUGUGGGACAGCGUCUUUACUCUGGAUCCUCUUAUCCUCAACUAAUUUUAGAGCAGUGCGAUGAACCAGCCCUCAAGUGGACCAUUGAGAACGGAAGGAUCAAGAACAAGGAUGGCUCGUGUGUCGACGUGGUUACGCUCAGUUACCGUACUUCGCCCAUGCUGGCCCUGACGAUUUUGUGGGAGGAGGCUUCGGCCGAGGGAUAG